AGGAAUCCAAGCGGCAUGCACUCAGUUUUCAGAUUUUAGCAUCCAGGAGCACAACAGUGAGGGUUAAGAGAACCAAUUUAGCCGCCAUGAACGGGACAGAAGGCCCGGACUUUUAUGUCCCCAUGUCUAAUGUGACGGGUGUAGUACGCAGCCCAUACCAGCACCCACAGUUCUAUUUAGCGGCACCAUGGGCCUUCUACAGCAUUGCUGCUUAUAUGUUGUUCCUCAUCAUCACCUGCACUCCCAUGAAUGUCCUCAUGCUGCACGUGACCAUCAAAAACACCAAGCUUCGGACGCCUCUCAAUUACAUCCUCUUAAACCUGGCUGUUGCUGACCUCUUCAUGGUGUUUGGGGGAUUCACCAUCACACUCUACACGUCCUUGCACGGAUACUUUGUUCUGGGCCGUGCGGGAUGCAACCUGGAGGGUCUCUUUUCUACGCUCCGCAGUGAGAUUGUACUUUGGUCUUUUGUGGUCUUGGCUUUUGAGAGAUGGGUGGUGGUCUGCAAGCCCUUCAGGAAAUUUCGUUUCGGACAGCUCCACGCUACCUUCGGCGUUGCUUUCACUUGGAUAAUGGCCUGUUCGUGCGCCAUACCCCCUCUGCUCGGAUGGUCCCGCUACAUCCCUGAGGGUUUGCAAUGUUCGUGCGGGGUGGACUAUUAUACGUUAAAACCUGAAAUUGAAAACGAGUCUUUUAUCAUUUACAUGUUCAUUGUGCACUUUUCAAUUCCUCUCAAUAUUAUUACGUUCUGCUACAGCCGCUUGCUCUGCACGGUCAAGGUGGCGGCCGCCCAGCAGCAAGAAUCUGAGGCCACCCAGAGGGCAGAGCGAGAGGUUACCCGGAUGGUCAUCAUUAUGGUUAUAUCGUUUCUAAUAUGUUGGCUGCCCUAUGCUAGCGUAGCUUGGUACAUCUUCACCAAUCAGGGCAGCGCAUUCAGCCCCAUCUUCGUGGCCAUCCCAGCAUUCUUUGCCAAAAGCUCUGCGCUCUACAAUCCGCUUAUUUACAUCUGUAUGAACAAACAAUUCCGUCACUCUAUGAUGUUAAUUGUGUGCGGUGGUAAGGAUCCUUUCCAGGUAGAGGAAGAAAGUUUUACUUCAAAGGCAGAAAGCUCAACUGUCUCCUCCAGCUCGGCAUCUACUGCCUGACGGUCAUGCCCCAGGCCACUUGUGAAACUCACAAUUCUGCUGCCUGCAAUCUACUGCAUAACAACCACUUCACCUGUGGAGAUGCAUGGAACAUUAUGAAAUAGCAGAUGGAGUAUAUUUGUGGACAGACAUGUCAAAACAGCGUGACUGUGGACAUGUUGGCAAAGUGUCAGUGAAGAAUCUACUGCAGUUAAACACCGUCUCUGCCUCCCACACAUGCAUCCACCCUGAAUAUUUUACACUCCAAGUUAUCUUCCACUCCAACUGUUAUUCCUUCUACACAGGGUCCAAAAUUACCUUUACCACACCAGCAUUUCAGGAAAUUUACCAUCACCUGUAUUUUCAUUUUUUGAUAUAAAACAUACUGUAUAACCCUAAGAGAUUAUUGUAUUUAGCUAUUUUUUGUGUAAAGUAUGUCAUUCAUGUAAGACGAUCUACUCAUUGUCUGACAGACAUAUACGUUUUGU